AUGAUAGAACCGCUGAAUACCUCAAAUAUACCAGAGAAUGUCGAUAAUCCCUCGUUCUGGCCUCGAGAUCAGUAUCGAAUACCAGACUAUCGGCCUAUAAAUCGACAUUUGAUUGCCGCAGAGCGACCCAAUGGAAGUAAUGGCGCAGAGAGAGUUUUCAUCACGUUGAUGUUCACCGGAGUCUCAUUGAAUGCGGGAGCGGCCCAAGUAUGGGGUAUGACAGGAGGGAAAGUUUUUACACGAGUCUUUCGUUACGCUAUCGGUGGAGAAUGGUGA